ACAGACACGAGGACCGAUAGAUAAACUUACACAAUGCAUUCGCCUUAUGAAAGGGAUGUUGCUCGCUCCGGCGCUGUCGAUAAGCUCCUUCUUCACGCUUCGGCUUGUACUUGACUAGCCUCCAUCACAUCCUCGGCAUGCAUACACGCGUUCUGGAUCUUGUGGAGUAUCUUGCAUCCUAGUGAUCGGUCAUGCUCUAUAUGAUUUCAGCAUCUCUACAGCAGCAUCAUGUUUGCCUCGCCAAGAAACUACACACAUAGCAAACAAUCGCUGCGCCCUCAACAAUGCCUCCUAAACGCAUCAGAGUCUCCGAAGGAUCAUGCUGGCGAUGUAAGGACCGCCGUGUCCUAUGCGAUGUGAAGAAGCCAACAUGCACGAGAUGCGAGACUGCUGACACUAAGUGCGAGUAUGGCAUGAGAUUUAAGUGGGCGAAUGGAGUUGCAGCUCGAGGACGCUUCGCUGGGCAAAAUCUGCUACCUGUUAAGCAAUUCGUACCUGCACCUCGUAUCCAGUCGCCGUCGACUCCAGAUGAUUGGCAAGUGCUGUACUUUGCACGAGAAGUGCUGCCACGGUUUAGUCUCAUGGAUGCUGGUCCGGGUGUCGAUCCCGCGUGGCUCGUCACAGACCCGUCUAUACAUCAAGCAGUCAUCGCCGUCGCGAACGCACAUCGAUUGUUCAGAAAUCAUGCUGUCCAGGAAGAGACACUAUCACAGAUCAAGCAAGCACGCUUGACAGCUAUACGAUCACUACGGACACGGCUCCAGGAUUCUUUCAACUUAUCACACGCCAUUACCUUCCCAUCGAGCGUGCUGCUAUGCAUGUUGGACGGUAUUAUCGAGCCGCAGGAUGAUGGCCUUGCUGCCGCCUUUCAUCUUCGUGGUGGACGUGCUAUUCUCCAACAUGGAAACCACAUGAUGGAAGUGUCCUCGGCGAAGGCAGGACCCAUGUCACUACUACUUUCUGUCUAUGCUACGAUGGAUCUGACAUACGCGAUACUCGGCGGUGAAGCACCACAUCUUGGACCAGAGACUUGGCUUCAACUUGCAGAUGGCGAGGCCUGGUGGACAGGCAUCAAGGAUGACCACGCUUUCGUCGACAUCAUGGCAUUGCUCGCACAACUAGCACAACUCGGUCACGACGCACGCGUUUCUGGCUUCCCAGCUCCCAUACGAGAACUGCUCGAGAUCCAGCUCACACUCGGCCGGACAGAAGCUAGACUUGAGAGCAUAACAACACCUUCAUCACCCGCAGAUGGCAUUCAGUCCAUCGAUGCCCUCACGGUGUUCUGCUCAGCCUAUCGCGCUUCCGCCCGCAUCUAUAUGUACCGUGCCCUCUGCAAUCUUGAAAUCUCGGAUGUUCUGGUGCAAGAAAGCGUACAAGAAGGAGUUGAUGCACUUCUACAAGCACCUCAGAUCGGCAAACUCGCACACUGUCUGCUCUUCCCUUGUCUGAUGAUUGGAACCCAUUGUAUCAGUCCUGAGUCUCAGCAAACUGUGCUGAACUCUUUGAAAAUUGCUGCUGAAUAUCUCUCUUUUGGUUCUAUCAAGCUUAUGGAAGAAUUCUUGAAAGACACUUGGCUGGUUGAGGAUCUUACUGCUGACUUUUGGACGAUGAUGCAACCGGUGUCUGGUAAGGCAUUUAUGUUUUAAGCGAUCCAUCACACCCAUCAAACGACAUCAUAACUUGUUAGACGACGAAACAUCCCAUCUCAGACGCGCGAAUCAAUGUUUCGCGUACGACGAGUGAUGGAGCACCUGGUCACGAGUCAUACAGCUAGCCAAUCAGCUUGCUCAAUCCACUGAGCGCAAUACUCCGUUUCAGCAGGUCAAAGACUCACCCAACUAGAGAUACAGUACUCACUGCUUGACUCGCUCCUCAAGAAAGUUUUGUCAUCUGAGAUCCCUAGGAAUGGACUAUAGAAACCUCUUAUGCCACGAUGACUUCCCAAGAUAGACUCUCACGGAAAUUCCGCAAUUGUCCUUGAGAUUUUGUCGGAGUGCGAGACAGUCCUCGUCUGGAAAAGUCAUUCAUGUUUGUGGCAGGGAGAGCAAAAGAGAGCAACAGGUUUACGAUACAACAAUUUCUGGCGACUCCUGUGAUCGCCUUUCCCAGUCGCUGUACGGGCUGUUCUACUGCGAUGAC